GCGGUUGCAAGCCCGUUUUGUGUGUUCGAACUCCGAAGCCGGGUGCUCAAAGUGCGGCAUCAUGCCCUUUUGUCUGCUAGGUGAAUCGUUAUUGAAUUUGAUUCAGGGAACUGCUCGCAAAAGUUAAUUAAAUCACACAGAGCGCGACAGGGGAAGCAUUGCAAAAGAGAAUGAUCUAAUAGUCGGGCCUCCAGACUUAUGGAUAUAGACACAGAUUUAGUUGUGCACACACGGAGUGGCAUAUAAUUAUGGGGCACCACGAUGUUCGUGCGCAGAAGAAUUCGAGUCACCGCGUUGACAAUCUAAAAUCCCAGACACAUCUCAUCUGCCUGCUGGCUGUCGUAAAUAAACCCAAGAGCUCUCCACUCCAAACACUUCAGAGCAAGUGUGGCAGCCCAGCAAAGUGGUUCAGUUUUCAAGUGUUUGCCAUUGAUAUUACGGCCUACACAUAGCAACUACAAACUAGCAGCUAGCAACUGGCUACUAGCAACUGGCAACUAGCAACUUGCCACCAGCAGCUUGCAACUCAAAAAAACAGCAAAACUCAUGCCCACGUGUCCGGUCAGCAUGGCAUAUGGAUGGGGCUUGGGCUUCGUGGUCCUCUGGCUGCUGCAGAUUGCGCAUACGCAACGUGGACCGGCUGAGCACAUCGAGUUUUACAGCGAUUACGGCAAAAAUCAUGACGAGGAAAGGCUCCACUACUCGCAUCAGUACCACAUCUCCGACGUGGCCAGUCGGGUGCACAUCCUGCACCGAGAGCAGCGCCAUGGCGACUACGUCUCCGGGUCUUAUGCCCACCUGGAGCCCAGUGGACACGUUCGCAGUGUGCACUACGAGGUGCGGGGAGCCAACCGGGGAUUCAAGGCCGUGGUUGAGCAGCGAACCGGGAACAGUCGGGUGCACCAGGCGCUGGAAUUCCGGAGCAGGCAACCGAUCCGGGCUCUGGCAAUUGCCGAGCCUGUGGCUUUUGUGAUUUAAGGCGUCCAGCGGCGUGAAACCGGCCCGUAAAAGUAACAAGCGACAAGCGAAUUAUUUGUCUUGCCGCACGCAGCCGUAAAUUGCAAAAUGUUUAAUUGUCUUUCAAUGACUUCGCUGACUUGUUAAGUGAAAUUCGUAUUUGAAAUUAAAAUUGAUUUCGGGAGGGGCCCAUAAAAUGUAAGCGAACAAUUUUAUUAAACUUAAAAUGUAAAUAUUUUGGGGCUAUAAUUCAAGCCAAGCGGAAUGAAUGAAUAAAAUUAUUUCCCUUUUGUUUUCGGUGACAAACAAACAACUAGAUGCAAACGAAUUCUGCUUGUUAUCGUUGAGCUGCUUUUGUUCAAAGAAAUUUAUGGCUACCCUUAGCAUUGCUAUUAUCUGCAAACCAAUCUUGAGGUCUUUUAGCUUGAGUAAUUGUUUGAGCCAACGAAAAAACGGCAUUAAAUUAAACACUUAGCGAAUUAGCUACUACCGAUGUUAGCUCACUUCUCAAGCAGUCAAAUAUGAAUUUCAUGCUUAAUUAUAAUAAAUUAACCGUCUCUAUAUAUGGUUGACUUAACCCGUCGACAAACCGAAACUGGGUUAACGACACCUAUACAAAGUCGGGAGCCA